CCGCCAGUCCGGCUGCAGUGGGGCCGGCCGGGCGCGGCGCUGCCUCCUCGGUCGCGCGAGCAUGAAGGAGGCGGCCUGAGGGCCGGAGCCGAGCCGGGGCUGGAGCGCGGGGUCUGACCUACCAUAAACAUGGCAACCAGUGCCGUCCCCAGUGACAACCUCCCCACGUACAAGCUGGUGGUGGUGGGAGAUGGGGGUGUGGGCAAGAGUGCCCUCACCAUCCAGUUUUUCCAGAAGAUUUUUGUGCCUGACUACGACCCCACCAUCGAAGACUCCUACCUGAAACACACAGAGAUUGACAAUCAAUGGGCCAUCCUGGACGUUCUGGACACAGCCGGGCAGGAGGAGUUCAGCGCCAUGCGGGAGCAGUAUAUGCGCACGGGGGACGGCUUCCUCAUCGUCUACUCAGUCACGGACAAGGCCAGCUUCGAGCACGUGGACCGCUUCCACCAGCUCAUCCUGCGCGUCAAGGACAGAGAGUCCUUUCCGAUGAUCCUCGUGGCCAACAAGGUCGAUCUGAUGCAUUUGAGGAAAAUCACCAGGGAGCAAGGAAAAGAAAUGGCGACCAAACACAAUCCCGAGACUUGGGGUAGACACGGCCCUCAACACCUGUCCUCUGGGGGGCCACCUGAGCCACAUCUGCCGAUUCCGUACAUAGAAACCAGUGCCAAGGACCCACCUCUCAACGUCGACAAAGCCUUCCAUGACCUGGUUAGGGUAAUUAGGCAACAGAUUCCAGAAAAGAGCCAGAAGAAGAAGAAGAAAACCAAAUGGCGGGGCGACCGGGCCACCGGCACCCACAAACUGCAGUGCGUGAUAUUGUGACGGGCCUGAGGCCCUGGCCACGGUGACCGCGAACUGGCUGGCCCUCGGGGCCCUCCACUGCCUAACCGCGCUGAAAACCAUUUCUAACCACGACCCUCGGCCCAAGGACCUGGCUCAGGAAGGAAGGAAGGGAGGGUGGGCAGGGAGGAGUGAGGCUCCGGCUUUGCAAGAAGGGCACAGGCUCUCCCAUGUCUCGAGAGAGACAGGGAAGCAACGCUAAACAGAAGCAGCAUCCAAGCCCCUCACGUUGACUCAACCCGGUUCCUCCCCAUCUCUCGGUGGCUGUGUUGUUUCUUUGAAGUACACAGUAUUAGUGUGAUGUGGAAGUGUGUGUCCACGGACAGAGUACCGAACAAGCCAUGAUCCACCCCCCACGCCCCUGCCCCCAGCCCAGAGUGUCUGAGCCUGGGGGGCUUUUGUAGAUUUUUAAAUUAUUUUAGUGAUUAUUAUUUUAUUAAGGGGGUCUGUGCCCACGGACUGGCGGAGCUUCAGGGCUUCAGCAGGCCUCUCUGAGAACAUGUCUGGAAUACUGUUGUUGUUGUUGUUUGUGACUGAGUUUUCCCAGUGGUGCCAAAACUCAGCUCAACAUGCAAGUGGAGGGACUGAGAGCGCAGACGUGAAUGAGGACGGUGGCCGGAGGCCGCGGGAGGAACAGCCCACUCCCAGCCUCCAGACCAGACAGAAGAGAGAUGCCCUCACCCAGAAGGUUUUACUGUGCCCGAGGGUGCAGGUGUUAGGAAACGGAGUUUUAUUUUGCUGAGCGGAGAGGCUGGGGCGAGCAUGUCUGUUUUCAGAAGGGUUUUCAUGAUCCUGGACAUGCAUAAGUUAGGUCAGCUGACUGGCUUUGCAAAAGCGUCCGUUCACUUGGCCGACAGUGCAGAUUGAGUUCUGUGCUCUCAGGGCUCUCCCGGAUCUGUCUCUUCCUGCUUUCCCACCGUCUGUGCUGCCUCGCACCUCUUGGACACAAACACGCGGACGUGGGCAUGUAUGUCUCAGCUCGGCCCAGUAAGCUAACGUGGACGCCAUCCAGAAAGCUCUAGUUCAUGCUGAAUCUUAACCAAAAACCAUCCAAUACUGUCGUUACUAAGACAGCACCAAGACCUGAAGCCAUUUUCCCUUUGAGUCCACUGACUACCACCUCUUAAAGCCCAGUAAAUAAGCAGACCCCGCUAAGCAUUUGCAAACUUAGGAUUCGCUUGCCUUUCUGGCACACGCUUUUCUUAGCCUCUUGGAUCUUAACCAUAACAUAUAAUUAAAGGAAAAAGAAAGGUUGGGGCGAUGACAUGGCCCCCAUACCUGUUCCUAUAAGGGGACACUCCCCCAACUUCCUGAAGAUGUCACUUCCUUCUCAGGUGCUGCUGGUGGGAUCCAGAGACUGGCUUUUCCCCAGCCAGGGAGGGUGGACCACAGCGGGUGGACCCCAGGGAGGGCAGCCGCGACCACAGUGCCUACCCCUCCAACAGAAGGUCAGAAGACGAGCUCGUGACCUCAUUUUCCACUGACAGAUCACUAGGCAAACCAGAGCAUCCCUAGCAGGUGGCCUGGCUACUCUUUAGAGACAGAAACCCUGAGAAAGUGAACACCCCACGGGACCUGGAGACACCUGGCAUCUUCUCUGGUUUUGAAAGCGUGCUGCGUUCCUAACUCAGCAAGAUCACCAGCACCAGGGGGCCCAGCUGAAGAGCGAUUCUGUGUCGAAUGAAAUCAUUGGGACUUCAGUUAAUUGGAAAAUCAAACUUCUUUAUUUGUCUCAAUGGCCUUUUUUUCCCUGACCCUGAAAGGAAAGAUAACAAAGAUCAGGCACUUCAGAGUGUCCCAAGGUCCUAUAAUGUUAAUGGGCGUUUUAAACACUAACAGGACAAGGCUCUUUCGGACACUUCUGCUCCUCUGAGCCGAGUCUACUGCAGCCCCGUGUGCAAAGGAGAGGAGGAGGCAGUAGCAAGACAGGCGGGAAGAAGUACGGAGGGAGAGGCUUUGCAGCGAAGGAGUGGUGGGGUGGGAAGGGAAGCCGAGCACCCAGGGCAGCGGCCACUGCUGGAAAGCUGCUACUGGGCACGGACCAGCACCAGCACACCCCUGCCCCCUGCCCUCUGCAGAGCCCACAACUCCUUGGCAGCCCUGAGUGGGGAGUCCUGUUGGAGGCAGAUAAGCUGACCUAGAAUGAAGCCCUUAGCCAUGAAGGUAACCAGACACACGGGUUCCAUCUGCUUCUGGCCCCUCCCCCAACACGGGCAGUGCUUCUGCCCACCCCCGCCGCAUCUUCCAGGGCACAUGUCCUGCAGUCAGCCCGCACCUCAGCUCCACAGUGCUCGAGGGACAAACUGGUUAAGGAAAGGCCGGCUGCUGCUGAGUCAGGGGUCAGGCUUCAUCUUCCAUGACCUUGUGUUCCCCAGAGGUGAGACAGAUGGAUAACAUUUUUCAAAGACAGUUCUUUGUGUUUUAGGGAACUGUGGGCCCUUGUAGCAGUGGGGGCUUCCAGAUAGGCCAGAAUGGAGUGGACCCUGGGGCAUCCCAGUACAGUAGCUUCUCCAUGGUCACGUGGCAGGGUCAGUUGGAACACCAGUUGGCCACACCACUCCAUGACUGAGGAAUCCAAUGGGACUUGUGUCUUUGGUGACAUUUUGGUGUUUCCACUGGUUUUCCAGACCACCUGAAUAGUGCUACCUUCACAUUCCCUGGAACACACCCUUCCUGAAAUCCCCUCACCCCAUGCCUUUGCCACUGUGUGCUCUCAAAUUUUCUCCGAAAAUUUUAACACCCCCCCCCAAUUAGAGGGCUACUUUUCUACCCAACAGGUAAUCUUAGCCAUCUUCCCCACCUCUCCAGCUGGGGGCUCUGGCCACUGACUUCUCCUAUACUUGGCCACACAGGGGGCACUUGGAUGGUUUCUCUUAGGACUUUGACCCCACCUUGUGUUGUUUGCUGUGGAGAGUGCCUGGUGGCCUAGUGUGGCCAAUCUCACUUUCCUAGGAGACAUGACCCACUAACACAUGGCAGCUCUGACCCAAAGGCCCCUGAGAUGUGUGACGGUAAAUCUGGAACCACAGACAGAUUCCCUCCAUUAAUCAGCCCAUUGGGUUAGAAAUUCCAUGUUGGGUUUACAUAGAAUGAAAGAUACUUGAAUUGUUGAGCGCCCGUGAGCGCACAGCUUCUGCUAUCCAGUAUUAACAGAUGGCCGUUGUUGUGAAACGGGAGUGAUGCCUGAGGGUCUCGAUGAUGCUUGAGCCUUUUAUGUAACUUUUUAUUAAGUCUUUGUGUAUCUCAACUCAUUAAUAAAGAAAAGAAGAACACUU